AUGCCCAGCCCCACGGAGUCUUCGAGCUGGCUGUCCGCCUGCGGUCGGCUGAGCCCCAGCCAGCGGGCUCGCAGCCUCGUGCAGUACACUGCAGCUAGCGUAGUGCUUGAUGGCGUCGGAGCCACGGGGGCAGCCGAGGCAGCACGGGGCCCACGUUCCGAAUCGGCUGGCCGUCGCCCAGCCGUUCAUAGCAGCACGAAGGGUCGCGGACAGCACCCAAAGGGUGACCAACGCGGAGAGCCGGCACAUCUGUUUGCGGAGCGACUGCGCGCGAUGUCCUGGCAACGUGCGGACUUGCCAGUGAUCGAACCUGCGCCGGAAGUGGAUCUGGGCGUCAACCUCCAUCGGCGGCCGCAAUGCCCUGCUGAUCCGAGCCUGCCAGCCCGUCGCAAGGUGGCGACCGUCUCCGAGGUUCAGUUCGGCAGCGUCCAAACUCUGGACGCCACGCACCUGCAGCACGGCAAUUUCCAUCGAAAAUGA